AUGGAUCAGAAGAAGCUCAAGGAUCAGAUCGACAAUCUGAAGCUAGCCCUCCAGAAGAAAGAGCCUCCCUCCACCAUCGUCGCGAUCCUUAAGGGCCUCGAGAAGGCAGAUUCCCCUAGCGAGGAUGUCCUCCGGUCUACCAAGGCAGGUCAGCACAUCGGGAAGCUCCGCCAUGAUCCGAGCGUGGCCGAGGAGAUCCGGGGCGCCGCCAAGCGGGUUGUCGACAAGUGGAAGCAGGCCGUUCAGAGCAAGAAGCACAAGGGCAUACCCUCGGUUCCUACUCGCACCAGCACCCCGUCUACUACCGCCUCGCCCGCUCCUCCUCCCACUCCCUCUGCGAGCAAACCAUACCAGGGUGAUGCCGAGAAGCGCAACCACAGGGUCGACAACCCCAAGACCGACGUGACCGAUUCCCUUGUCCGCAACAACUGCAUCAUCGUCAUGUACAAUGGCAUCUGCUAUCAGAAUCCUGACUCUGUCGAGACGGUGUUGGCCAAGGCGGUCGAAGUCGAGGCCGCCGCCUUCAAGCACUUUGGCGGCGAGAACGCCGAGUACCGGGCCAAGAUGAGGUCUCUGUUCCAGAACCUCAAGGUCAAGAGCAAUACGGAGCUGCGCCGCAAGGUGCGGCUGGGCGAGAUUGCCGCUACCGACUUCAUCAAGAUGACCCAGGACGAGCUCAAGAGCCAGGAGCACAAGGAGCGCGACAAGGCCUUGGAGAAGGAGAAUCUUAACAAUGCGCAGGUGGCCCAGCCCGAGAAGAGUAUCAGCGAUGCCCUCACGUGCGGCAAGUGCGGCCAGAAGAAGGUCAGCUACACGCAGGCCCAGACCCGCAGCGCUGAUGAGCCCAUGACCACGUUCUGCGAGUGUCUGAAUUGCGGUAACCGCUGGAAGUUCUCCUGA